AUGCGAAAGGAAGUUGCAUCAUUCACCAGUUGGCAAAGGGUACAUGUCAUCAACAAGCAGAGCUGGCCUGAGACUGCAGAGAUGCUGCAGGUGAGAAAGAGCACAGUCCUCUUGACCCUCUGCCUCAUUUUCUGCUCCUGGAUGGCUGUGUGUGGACUCAACAUCACUGCGAAAUGCGUUCAGGAUACUGUGACGUUUCUCACAGAACUGAGGAAAAGUCAACCAGAUAAAUACGCAGUGCUCAUGUAUGAUGCGUUGGGGAAGAUGGGCAGUGACGUUGAAGGUGGGAACGUGAACCGAGUCGGAUCUCUGGAGGAAUGUUUGUCUGUUCAAGGCCCUGGAUUUGGAGGACAAUACUGCCAGGUCUUCGUCAAAGAGGGGGCGCUGGACUAUUUUGUCGGUGUUUGUGUACCUGAUUCCUGCGAUGAAACAGACGUGAGCACACUGACUCUCUACGAAGAUUUCCUCCGUGGUCGGACCCCCGUCAUUCCUCCUGUUCCGGAUUUGUUCGUAUCAGAACCCAUACUGGGAAUUUUUAUGACUCGGUGUAUCAGAAACACCAUUACACCUGAUCUGUCUGCUGUGGUGUGUCUGUGUGUGUGUAUCAUGAUGGUGGCUCUGCCUCUUGGGGCGACCGUCUGUGUAGCUGUGGUCCAGUGGAAUAAAAAGAGAGAAGCAGAGCGUAAGGUCGACCCUGCAAACUACGGAGCGAUUCUGGGCAACAGUUCAGCCAAUCAGAGCAAGGAAUGUAUUUUACUCCAAAACACACAAGUGCAGGAGGGCUACAGAGAGAGGGAGCAGGAGGGUCAAGAGACAGGCCAUGUGAUGUCGUUCCUGCGUUCGCUCUCCAUCCGGUUCAGUGGUGUGUGUUUCGGUGGCGGUGUGUGUAACGGUGUGUGUUCCAGAAGCAAUUAUUUGUCUCUCAAUGGUGUUCGCAUUCUCAGCCUCUUCUGGAUCAUCUGUGGACACACGGUGCAGCUCAGUGUCUGGAGUGGCCUCGAUAACAGGAAGCGAUGGAGAGCGGCUGUGGAGCGCAAUCCCCUGUACGUGGUGGCUUUUAGUGGACCAGUUUAUCUCGCUGUCGAUACGUUUUUAUUACUCGGUGGACUCCUGAGUGCAAAAUCUUUCCUCAGCUGCAUCCAGAGAUCAGACGACAAACUGAGCCUCCGACUGAUCGCUCACUUCCUGUUCAGGAGGUUCAAGAGGAUCCAGCCGCUGCACCUCUUCAUUGUGUGUCUGGUCGUCACUCUCUUCUCGUUUCUUCGUAAAGGUCCAUUCUGGUUCACAGCUGAAGACCAAACACUGAACUGUAAGGAGUUCUGGUGGUCCAACCUGCUGCUCAUCAACAACCUGAUCACCAUCACACACACGUGUGCACCGUGGACCUGGUACCUCUCAGUCGAUUUUCAGUUCUAUGCAACGACACCAUUCCUCAUUUUUCUCUACAGACUGAACAAGCGUGUGUUUGUGGGUGUGGCCAUCAUUCUUUUGGUGAUGUCAUGUGUUUCCAGUGCUUUAAUCACUGUGUUUCUGCAUUUACCCGUUCACCAACCCACAACACUUGAAUAUGAAAGUUACUUUGAGUAUUACUACAACAAGCCAUAUACCAGAUAUGGACCGUACCUGCUCGGCGUCCUCACAGGAAUUUACAUGGUGACCAAGAAAGAUCUCAUAAAGCAGCGGUGGCAGGCGGUGGCCGGUUGGCUCGUGUCGCUGUCCAUCAUGGCUGUGAUGGUGGGAUCCGCGUACCUGUUGAGGGGUCAGGGGUCAGCGGGUCACGCUGUGUAUCAGGGGCUCCAUCGCUCACUGUGGGCUCUGGCUGUGACCUGGGUUAUCCUCGCCUGUGAGGAGGGAUACGGAGGCUUUGUGAAUAAGUUCUUGUCCAUGCAUGUGUGGGUUCCUCUGUCGAACAUCAGCUUUGCCUGCUACCUCAUUCACCCUCUUCUCAUUUUACUCUACGACUCCAAACAGGAAACUCUCAUCCACUACACAGACCUCAACUUUUUGUAUCUGUUCCUCGCUCAUUCAGUCCUCACUGUGGUUCUCGGGUGGGUUCUCACUGUUCUGAUUGAGAAACCCUAUCAGCUCCUCUAAAGCAUAAACACACUGGAAUAAAACAACAAACCUCACAGAGAAACUCCGUGUUGGUCCAAGAAUUACAGACGAACCGAGUCCAAAUAUCUAUUACUGAAUUAAUGUCAGUGUCGUUUCUCAACACUGAACCUGAGCAACACACCAGUGGUGUGUGUGUGUGUGUGUGUGUGUGUGUGUGUGUGUGUAU